GCUCCUGGGUGCCCCCACCUCUCACCCCUAGGGACUCCUCACUGCCCUCCCCAGUGCAGCACAGUACACAGUGUCCCCCCAGACGAGUACGGCGCGCCAGUGCGGCUCUCCCUAGGACAUGGCCCCGCACCUGGAGGCCACCUUCACCACUGCCACCACCAUGAAGUGGCUUGCCAUGACUGUGCUGCUCCUGACCAUCUGUAGCCUUGAAGGGGCUUUGGUGCGGAGACAGGCGGAGGAGCGGAGUCUGCAGACUCUGGUCUCCCAAUACAUCCAGACGGUGACCGACUAUGGCAAAGACCUGAUGGAGAAGGCCAAGGGCCCAGAGCUCCAGGCCCAGGCAAAGGCUUACUUUGAGAAGACACAGGAGCAGCUCACACCCCUGGUCAAGAAGGCUGGAACGGAUCUGAUUAACUUCUUGAGCAAUUUCAUGGACCUCAAAACACAGCCUGCCACCCAAUGAGGUGUCCAGCCCAUUGUCCUCCAUUCCCAACUGGGCCCUGGAACAGCCACUGGCCAGGCCUAGAGCCCUCUCCCCA